AUGUUGGUGCGUAGAGGGAUUCGGUUGUUUGUCACAGAAACUGCUGGGAACAAGAAGACAAGAUGGGAUCCUGUUCGUUCACCUCAGUUUAAUCACCAAUCUCUUGUUCUGCUGGAGAAAUGCAAUUCGAAGAAUCAAUUCAAGCAGAUUUUGGGACAGAUGAUGCGUGUCAAUCUCAUAGGCGAUACGUUUCCCAUGAGCCGUCUUAUAUUGUUCUCAGCGAUCACAUAUCCAGAGUACAUCGAUAUGGCGAAGCUUCUGUUUCUUAAUUUCACUCCCAAACCCAAUGUCUUCGUUUACAACACAAUGAUCUCUGCUGUUUCAAGCUCGAAGAAUGAAUGCUUUGGUCUGUAUAGUUGUAUGAUUAGGCACGGUGUUUUUCCGGACAAGCAAACGUAUCUCUACCUCUUGAAAGCAUCGAGUUUUCUGUCGGAAGUGAAGCAGCUCCAUUGCCAUAUCAUUGUCUCUGGGUGUUUGUCUCGUGGGAAUUACCUGUGGAAUUAUCUGGUCAAGUUGUAUAUGGAGCUGGGAGGUUUGGGUUUUGCAGAGAAGGUGUUUGCUGUAAUGCCUGAACCAGAUGUCAGCUCUUUUAACACCAUGAUUGUUGGUUAUGCUAAGAAGGGUUUUAGUUUAGAGGCAUUGGAACUGUAUUAUAAGAUGGUUGGUGAUGGUUUUGAACCUGAUGAGUACGCGGUGCUGGGUCUUCUAGUUUGUUGUGGUCAGUUAUCGGAUAUUAGGCUCGGGAAAGGAGUUCAUGGUUGGAUUGAGAGGAGGAGACCUGGUUCUUCAUCUAAUUUGAUUCUGGGUAAUGCUCUUUUAGACAUGUAUUUUAAAUGCAAAGAAUCUGGUCUGGCUACCAGAGCUUUUGAUGUGAUGAUGAACAAGGACAUGCGUUCUUGGAACACUAUGGUUGGUGGAUUUGUUAAGCUUGGGGACAUGGAAGCUGCUCAGGCUGCUUUUGAUCAGAUGCCUAAAAGGGAUCUUGUUUCUUGGAAUUCUCUGCUUUUUGGUUACUCAAAGAAGGGAUGUCAUCAAAGAGCCGUUAGAGAAUUGUUCUAUGAGAUGUUAAUGGUGGAGAAGGUUAUUCCAGACCGCGUCACUAUGGUGAGUUUGAUAAGUGGUGCAGCAAACAAUGGAGAACUAAACCAAGGAAGAUGGGUACACGGUUUAGUGAUCCGCCUGCAAUUGAAAAUUGACGCCUUUUUGGGUUCGGCUCUGGUAGAUAUGUACUGCAAAUGUGGUAUCAUCGAGCGGGCCAUCAUGGUAUUCAAGACAAUUUCUGAAAAAGAUGUCACGCUUUGGACAACGAUGAUAACUGGGUUUGCUUUCAAUGGAAAUGGCCAGGAAGCUCUGCAACUAUUCGAAGAAAUGCAAGAAGAAGGCGUGACGCCAAACAAAGUCACUCUGCUUGCUGUUCUAACAGCUUGCAGUCAUAGCGGACUCGUGGAGGAAGGGCUACACGUUUUCGACAACAUGAAGGAGAAAUUCGGCUUUGACCCUGAAACCGAGCAUUACGGAAGCCUUGUGGAUCUGUUGUGCAGGGCAGGGAGAGUAAAAGCGGCGAAAGACAUAGUGCAAAAGAAGAUGCCAAUGAGACCGAGUCAGUCAAUGUGGGGAUCAAUCUUAAGCGCUUGUCGGGGAGGAGAAGAUAUCGAAACCGCGGAGAUGGCUUUAACAGAGUUGCUUAAGUUGGAACCUGAAAAAGAAAGCGGAUACGUUUUGUUGUCCAAUAUCUAUGCAAGCGUUGGAAGAUUUGGAUAUUCGAACAAGACGAGAGAAGCAAUGGAGAGUAGCGGAGUAAAGAAGAUUGCAGGAUAUAGUAGUGUAGUUGGAGUAGAGGGAAUUAAUAGCUUUGUGGCUACAGAGGAGCAAAAUCAUCCAAGAUGGCUUCAAAUUAGAGGAAUAUUGUACCAGCUGAACGAUGAGAUGAAAUCAAAAUUGGAUCUUUUUGAACUUGUUAGGAACAUAGAUCAGUUAGCCAUUUAA